AUGGGCGGGGAAAAGGACGGCCCUCAGGUCGUAUCCGAGGAGCCGGAGUCUAUCUCAUCGCUCCCGUCAAAAGAGGUCUCUCAGACCAAGGAUGGAGAUGAAAGGCAGCCGCCACCGCUGGUCGCCAAGUUGAUUGCUGUCGUCGUUAUCUCUUGCAUCAGCUUCGGCUCCCAUUGGAGCAGCGGUGUCACUGGCGCCAUGAAAAGCACAAUCAAGAAGCAAAUGCAUGUGACAAACACCCAAUUCUCCCUUCUUGAAGCGAGUGAAAACUUCAUGGCCACCCUCUUGCUUCUCGCCGGUGGCAUUGUCACCGAUCGAGUCGGUGGUGCUCGGAUGAUUGUUUAUGGAAACGCUGUCUAUACCAUUGGCUCCAUCUUGGUGGCUGCUGCUACCACAGUGCGAUCAUUUCGAUUCAUGGUCGGCGGAAGAAUCAUUCUCGCCCUCGGCGACAUCGCAACCCAGACAGCGCAGUACAAGAUGUUUUCCUCAUGGUUUCCGCCUAGCAACGGAUUCGCGUCCACUCUUGGAUUUGAGCUCGCCAUUGGAAAGAUUGGAGGAUUCGUCGGCAAAUCCACUGCGAAUGUGAUCGCCAAAAAUACUGGCAACUUUGCUUGGGUCUUCUGGACCUCUGUGUUCAUGAAUUUGUUCACAAACGCAGCAACUGUCUUCUUCUGGAUCUUCAACCGCUAUUGCGAGAAGCAUUACCGGGGUCGCGAAGACAAGGCCACCCAGGAGACAUUGACAGAGAAGAACAAGAAGUUUGAGAUCCGGAAGAUUUUCCAACUGCCUUGGAUGUUCUGGGCAAUCAUGGCUUUCUCAAUGUUCCAAACCAGCACCGCCAGUGUCUUCAGCUCAAACGCGACAGAACUGGCCGAAAAGAGAUUCAAUGUCGACGCAAUCACAGCGGGCUGGUACAGCGCUUUGGCACAGUAUGCUGGCUUCUUCCUUGUUCCUUGUCUCGGCGUCUUCAUCGAUAUUUUGGGUCAUCGUGCUUCAGUUUUGUGCACAUGCGGUCUCGGCAUGUUUAUCAGCAUGAUUCUCGUCAACUUCGCUUCAGCCAAGCAGGGAACGGCCGCGUCAUUCGGAAUCUAUGCGGUAGCAGUUUCGUUGGGUCCCACCUCGAUCAUCGAUGGCAUCCGCACCACUCUAUGGCACCAGUCAGUAUUUGGGUCUGCCUAUUCUCUUAAAGUGACCAUGAACAACGCGUAUGUAUUCACAUCUUAUCGCACGAGACUCAUGACCAUUAUCAUUGGUAUCAUUACUGGUGCACUUCAAGACGCAGACAAUGACUCUUACCAUCGAGCAGUGCGGGUCUAUCUCUUCCUGGCUGUCUGCUGCGCCAUCGUUUCGAUCCUGCUGCUCAUCGGGGCAUAUGUGGGUAGAGACCUGGCGCCCCUGCAAUGGUCGCGCAAGAAGCGUCUUGCUCUGGGGGCGGAGUUUUUCACGAUGCUGCGCGAGCACCAUCUGGUGACGCAUUGUCAGCGGAGCAGACGCAUCUCGAUCGGGUGUUUCACCGGAUUGAUGCUGCUCACGUUAGGCAGUUGGGCAGCGUAUAUCUGGGGCGCGGCAACUGGCAACAAUCCAUGA